UUUUUGGUUUCCUACCAAACACUGCAACAUAUUGGUUUGACGUCCAACUCAGAAUUAAUGAGACUACCACGUAUCUGCAUAAAACUCGUGAUAUGUACAUCCACGUGUCAUCACAAUAUAUCAGAAGUUCUUAACGGCCGGCCACGUUUACAUCAGGUAGUGUUUUAAAAACAAGAGUCUUGUAUUAUAGCAGUACAAGAUUGAAGGAGAAGCAUGAGAGAAGUAGUUCUCAUUGGAUUCCUUCUCCUCGUUCUCUUUAACACAGCAGUUUUCACAGGGAACUUGUCUAAGUACAAGUAUCAUGCCCCCAAGAGCACCAUGUGGUACAACAAUGCUGUGAACCGCAAAAACUGGGCACUGCAUGGAACUGCCAACCAAUCAUCAUCACUCGACCCCGUAGACGAUCCAGAGAGGGUGGUGGAUGGCAAUAGAACUAAUACUUGGAAUAGUAGAAGUUGUUCUACAACUGAAAGUUCUAGGAACCCAUGGUGGUAUGUGAAACUUCAACAGAAAAUACGUAUUGAAGAAGUGCUCAUUGUCUCCCGUUGCUGUGUUAUAAGGAGUCGACUAGGUGACUUUUGGAUUCAUAUUUUGAAUGAGUCCCCACGUGUCUUCCGAAGAUUCAGUUAUGCUGGCUACUGCAGACACAUCAAGGGAAACAUCACAGCUGGUGUUUCACGCCUGGUACCCUGUGUACACCCAGUACUAGGACAGAUCGUUAGAAUAUCUAUGGACGGAAAUAACAGAGCGAUCGACCUAUGUGAAGUUGAAGUAUAUGGAACACCAUACGUGCCAGAGAUCAAUUACGAAAAAUAUACUACGAGUUUCUACAACUGGGCUAGAGGAAUGACUGCAACUCAGUCAUCGGAGUCCAAGAAUCAAUGGAGGAAAUCAGCUUCAAAUGCUGUAGAUGGUGACUACAAAUGCAAGGAUCGCCUUGGUUCUUUCACACACACAAACGAACAAGACUCGGAGCCAUGGUGGAUGGUGGACCUGCAACAAAUACUUGUCAUCACGCACGUUAAAGUUUACAACAGAAUGGAUUGUUGCAGAAACGAUCUUCGGCGAUUCGAGGUUAGGAUACUGUUUCAACCUGACGACCCCGAGCCAGCUAUGUGUUGGUUUCAAGAGCAAACAGUAAUGAAAGAAUCCACCAUCUUGCCCUGUAUCACUUACGUGAAAGGGCGCUAUGUCCGAAUCAAUUAUUAUGGGCCAUUGGAACUAAGACCCCUUUCGUUGUGCGAGGUAGAAGUGACAGCAUGGAAAGUAGUUACAGACCCUGAAUACCACAAGAGUCGAGACAACCUAGUUAUAAAUAAGAAAACAUAUCAGUCCACCACUGAUGGACAUCGAGAUUCAUACAAGGCUGUCGACGGCAAUCCGGUUAACAACUGGCUGAGUAACACCUGCUCCAGGACUGCUAUUGACGACAACUACCCAUGGUGGAUGGUGGAUCUUGGCGGCAAGAUGUUCGUUGAAGCUGUGCUUAUAUUCUUUCCACUUGAAAAAGUUGAGACAUUUUCGGAAAACUGGGCAAUCUAUAAGCCUGCCUUGCAGUCAUCAACAUAUUCGGGACUAGCCGAUAAGGCUGUCGAUGGCGGAUAUAUGUGUGCUAAAUAUCGGUAUACACUCUCAGUGACAGAUCCAACGGAUAAAUAUCCAUGGUGGAUGGUGGAUCUUGUGGACACCAUAAUGGUCAAAGAGGUCAAAAUUUUCAACCGCCAGGAUUGUUGCAAGGAUCGUCUAGUAUCCUUCUACAUUGAAGUUCUGCAGUCUAAAAAUGACACCGUGCCAGGAAUAUGUCAUUAUCAAAGAUAUAUUGUAGAUGUUUAUGGAGUGUUCCCGUGUAACCGGUACCUCAGAGGACGAUACGUCCGAAUCAGGAAAGAAGGUCCUGCCUCUGAGAAUCUUGGACUGUGUGAAGUUGAAGUGAAGGGCUAUAAACUAGUCGCGUCCAAGGACUGGGCCAUGGGUAUGCCUGCCUUUCAGUCAUCAACGGCUGGGAGCAUGUCAGCUAAUUUGGCUGUCAACAGGAACUACAAAUGCAGCGUUCACGGUAGUUUUGCUCAAACAUAUCAACACGACCUAAAUGCAUGGUGGAUGGUGGACUUGAAACAAACAUUAUCGGUCACCGAGGUCAUCAUUUACAACCCAGAGAGCAAGGACACAAGUAUCCAAAACUGGGCCUGGCAUAUGCCUACUGGUCAGUCAUCAACAUUCUCUCACUCUAGAUAUGCUGUUGAUGGUGUCAUGGAUAGCGUCGAUAGUCUUCGUCACUGUGCACGUACUCAGAUCGGAGAUGCCAAUCCGUGGUGGGCGGUAAACUUGCGGCAGCUUAUAGAGGUGGAAGUUGUCAUAAUUAAAACCAGGGAAGAGAUGAUUGGUGAUAGACUCCACGAUUUCUUCGUUGAAAUUCUGCAGGCCUUUCCUGGAUCUACGCCUUACGCUUUUCGUGAUUACCUGCCUUCCCUUUGUUAUCAUCAAAAAGAAGUUACGAGUGCAAAUGCCAGAUGUGUGUGCAAUCCACCAUUGAAGGGGCGAACCGUAAGAAUUAGGAAAGAAAAACCGUUUCAUCGAGGAGAUAUUCUUUCGUUAUGUCAAGUAGAAGUGCAGGGAAGGAAAAUACCCCAUGACUCUUACAACUGGGCCUGGAAAAGGCCUGCGUUUCAGUCGACAACAGACCAGCACUUUGGAGCUGAUCUGGCUGUUGAUGGAAACAAGGAUCUUUGGUUCCAUCAUGGUUCCUGCACAAGCACUGCGAUUGGAGAUUCCCAUCCAUGGUGGAUGGUAGACCUGGAAGUGGUUGUAAUGGUGGACUUGGUUGUGAUUUACAACCAGUUAGGUUCUAAUGAUUAUCGUCUCCACGACAUCUACAUUGAAAUCCUGCUAGAUCGUUAUGAAUAUAAGCCUGCCAUCUGUCAUUACCAAGAUAAAGCUAUAACAUUGUCAUUUGUAUCAUUUGUUUGUAACCCAUCUAUGAAAGGCCGAUACGUGAGAAUCAGGAAAGAGUCUGUUGAAUCUCCGGAUGAUGUCCUAAUGCUGUGUGAAAUAGACGUGAGGGGUGGAAUAAGAGUUGCCCCGGGCAUCGAAUCUGCCUUCUGGUCCAGAGGAAUGCGUGCCUUUCAAUCAUCAGAAGGAGGCAAGGCAGCGGCUCUUGCUGUCGAUGGAGAUUACAGCUGCGAUAUUAAUUACUCUUGCACACAUGAACUUGACAAAACUCCAUGGUGGAUGGUAGACAUGGGACAAAUUAUACAGGUGUUAGGAGUCAAAAUGGCCUACAACAGUUCUUGUUGCGGUGGUCAGCCUCUCAGUAACUUCUUUAUUGAGGUUACGAAGACAUAUAAAGAAGUUUCGCCUCCCAUAUGCCAUUACCAAAAUGCUUCAUUAACCAAGUCAACCACAUUCCUGUGUAACCCACAUUUGUUAGGACAGUACGUCCGAAUCAGGAAGGCACCUCUGUCCAAUUCAUCAGCUACCAAUAUUCUUGCAUUGUGUGAAGUGGACGUACAAGGGAUGACAUUAGGUCAUUAUUCUAACGAAUUCAAUGUCGAAGUCCUACAAUCUGGACAUGACAGUGCGCCACUCGUAUGUCCCCACGAAACAUUGGCAGUAGACAGAUCUGUAAUGUUCUGGUGUCACCCACCUCUGCGAGGGAGAUACGUCAAGGUCAGUAAAACGUAUGCGACGGAAGGCAACCAUGUCCUAAAGCUGUGUGAAGUGGAAGUAAAAGGAGUUCCCACAGUGCCCGUAGAUAUUACUUCGGAGAAUUGGGCUGUUGGUAAACCUGCCUCUCAGUCAUCAACACAGUGGAAUAAGCCUGCUCGAAACGCUGUUGACGGCAACUAUAAUUGCAGCUAUUAUGGCUCAAUUACACACACAGACGUAAACGACAAAUUUCCAUGGUGGAUGGUGGACUUGGAAACCUGGAUAAAUGUCACAGCUGUCAAACUUUACAACCGUGCUGAUUGUUGCCCUCAACGUCUCCACGACUUUACUGUUGAAGUCAUCGGGUGCCUAAACAUGGAACCUGGUAUAUGUCAUAAUCAAACAACAGCUGUUGAGAAAUUUCUUUCGGUUUCGUGUAACCCACCUCUAACAGGGCGGUACGUCCGAAUCAGGAAAUAUGGUCCCAUGGCAAAAGACGACGUCCUUUCUUUGUGUGAAGUAGAAGUGCUUGGGGUGAAAACAGGUGAAAGCAACAGAAUCUGUACUCACAACUGGGCCAAGGGGAAGGUUGCCUCACAGUCAACAACAUUUCAAUCGAAUUCUGCUCGUCAUGCUAUUGAUGGGAAUUUCUUUUGUGAAGCCGAUGUCCCAUUUUCAGAGACAAAUGUAAACGACCAAAACCCAUGGUGGAUGGUGGACCUAUUAAGUACAUUCUCAAUCACAGCAGUCAAACUUUACAACCGUGCAGAUUGUUGUCAAUAUCGUCUCAAGAACUUGGCUAUUGAAAUUCUAAAGCAAGCAGAUGACACUUUGCCUGUGUUAUGUUGUAACUUGACGAGGGAAUACAUAGAAACACAUAGAAAGUUCUUUUGUACACCACCUUUGGAAGGGAGAUACGUACGAAUCCGGAAAUAUGGACCUGUGCCUUUCGGCGAGACUCUUUCGUUUUGCGAAGUAAAAGUCUUUGGAUCGAAAGUUGUUCCAGGUUUUGAAUCAGAUAAUUGGGCCAGGGGUAUGCCUGCCAUUCAGUCAACAACAGACAAUGCGCUCGAGGCUCGCAUAGCCGUCGAUGGCGACUACUCCUGCUUUGUAGGGCCACCUUGGACAACGGAGACGCUUGAUUCUGAUCCUCAUCCGUGGUGGAUGGUGGAUCUGGAGAAGCUUAUUCUAGUCACAUCAGUAACAGUUUUCAGCGGAAACCACAACACUGAACUUCUCAAGGAUUUCGUCAUUGACUGUCUCAAGUCUCGAACGGACCCGUCGCCCAGUUUAUGUCACCAUCAAGUAGAGGCCGUCAAGACGAAUGAAAACCAUUUUUUGUGACAAACCUGAGGAAGGGCGGUGCGUCAGAAUCAAGAAAAACGUUCCUGUUCCAGAUGGAUAUACCCUUGCUUUGUGUGAAGUCGAAGUGAAAGGGUACAAAUUAGAUGAUUCUGAAAAUUGGGCCUUGAAAAAGCCUACAGUCCAGUCAACAACACAUGAGGGUAGAGAUCCUGCGCGUGCUGUAGAUGGCGACUACAACUGCUCAUAUUCCUACGGUUCGUUUACCCAUACAGCAUUCGGUGACAAAGAGCCCUGGUGGAUGGUGGACCUGGAGCAGACGAUACUGGUCACAGAGGUCAAACUUUUCAACCGCCAGGACUGUUGCGAAACACGUCUUCAUGACUUCUUUAUUGAAGUUCUGCAGACCCGUAAUGAUGUAAACUCGACAGUUGUAUGCCACCAUCAGGUAUUAGCCAUUGGUACCUCAGCCUCUUUUGGAUGUCCAUCAGUGCAAGGACGGCUUGUUCGGAUUCGAAAAGUAAACCCAGUGUCAGACGAUGAUGUCCUGUCGUUGUGUGAAGUGGAAGUGAAGGGAAAGGAAAUGGAUAAUGAUGUCCACAACUGGGCCUGGAAGAAGCCAGCAUUCCAGUCUGGAACCUCGGAAGGCAAUGCUGGUGCUGGUCUCGCAGUUGAUGGCGAUUACAAGUGUGAUUUUGGCACUUUCUCGAAACCGUCUAUUGAUGGUCCCCGCCUGUUUUGGAUGGUGAAUCUCGAAGCAACUGUACUGGUGACAGAGGUCACGCUGAUCAACCGUACG